ACGGAACAGUGUGUGUCUCUUUAGUCUUCAGUAAUCUGCAGGAUGCCGCCGUGAUCAUGUGGUGUCUAUAGUUUUCGUUCAAUCAGUCAGUUCUGUCACGUGUUUGGAAUCAGUUUACAACUCGAGAAGUAUAUUAAUUGUAUUUCGACUCGCGGUCAGUUUCAACCAAGUGUACACAGAGGAUCGAAUCCAGUGAAAGAAUCGAAGAGGUGAAGGUUGGAUUUCUUGCAGGGGGUACGAUAGAUGCAUCGUUGAAUCUUGAUAUCGGGGCAUAUAUGUCCACGCCAAUUCGUUAUGAGUAUCGAAGAAAGAUCGUACUUCGUGAGAAGAUGACACCACGACGAUAUGUGUUCGCGACGAUUAGGCGAACGUUGCUGGCUGCUGGUAUCUUGAUGUUGCUGGUGUUUGCUCUAUCGAACCAGGAUGCCGGCAACAGUGUGCAGCAAGGGCUUUUGUUGGAGGAGGAUGCGAACCUGACACCGGAGGAAAGGCUAAUGGAGGAAGCAGCGAUCGCUGAAACUGAGAAGCGAUUGUACACAAGAAGGAAGUUUCUGGCGGAGAAAUGCGCCGUAGAAGGAUUAGACAGGCCUGGAAACGAUUCUCUUCACAGGCCUAACGCCUGGGAAUUUCUUGUAAAUAGAGAAUAUCAUUUAAUAUGGUGCAACGUCUUCAAAGCGGCCUCUACUUCUUGGAUGUACAAUUUCAAUCUACUUGCGGGAUACAGCCCACAGUUUUUAAAGGCCUCGAAGGCUGUACCUGUUUCUCUGGCGAGGCAGAAAUAUCCCAGACACACGGCCGAUGAGUUGAACAAGUUCCUAAACGACAGCAUUAGUUUCUUGAUAGUAAGACAUCCGUUCGAGAGGUUGCUCAGCGCCUACAGAGAUAAAUUGGAGCAUAGCUUACCGCAUACGUUUCACAGUAAUCUUGGAUCCCAUAUUGUUUGGAACUAUAGAUCUAGGGACCGAAAGACAAAUGGACGACACGGUCCAAGGUAUCCACUUUUUGAAGAAUUUGUACGGUGGUUGUUAUGUCAAUGGAGAGCUGGGAACGAACUUGAUAUGCACUGGACUCCAAUUGUGAUCUUUUGUACGCCGUGUCAAGUACGAUUCGACGUAAUUGCAAAGUUUGAAACGCUGCAUGAAGAUCAAGAUUAUCUCAUAAAACAAGCUCACGUGGGUCACAUCAUUAAACCUGAAUGGAAGAAUCCUACCAGGGGUGUCCAAACGAAGGACGUUAUUAAGAAUUAUUUCGCUCAAUUAUCAAAAUCGCAGAUCAAAGAUCUCUACGAGAUGUUUAGGUACGAUUUUGUGCUUUUCGAUUAUUCUCCCGAUGAGUACAUAGCACUUGGGAGAGACGAGGAUACAAAGUUAAUCUGUAAAAAGUAAUGUUAGUAUUUCAUACAUUACUAACAAGCGUAUCAACACUGGAAUUAUUUUUCUCUUAUUUUUAUCUUUUUGUCUUUAAAUAUUAAACGACACCUAUUAAAAUGGCGUCGAUUACAACGAAAAUAUUUGAUAGCAAAUAUCUGUUGAAGAUUAAGAUGAGAAAACAGAAACAUACCGAGAAUUGCUCCAAUUAGCGAUACACUUGCAAAGCACUGCUGCUGCAUUUAAACUUUUGAUAAACGAAGCGUUACAGUAUAUUCAAUUGUUAGGGCCUAAGGCAACAAGACGUUUGUAAACUGUUAUAAAUCAACGCAAAAAAGAUUUUAAAUGUAUUAUAUCUAUGAGAGUACCUCGUUGCUUAAGUACUAUAUGCGACAAUGAACUUUUUAAUAUACAAGGGUUUAUGGUAAGAGUGAUGCUCACUUUGUCGAAUUUUUUCUGCUUUAACAUCGAAUGAGAAUAGCCUAUUAGUUCGAAAUAGAAUACUUUGCAUUCCCAAUAGACUACGUAGAAGUAACGUCCCUUUUUUUGUUUCAACUGAAUUAAUUUUUAUAGAAUGCAAUUCGAUAUGAGUGCAGUGAAGUUUUAUUCCAGAUAUAACUUAAUUAAAGUAAGUCGAGCUAAUUGUUUCGUGUUAGCAUAUUUUGAAAAACAUGUAUACAUUUUCCCUGAUCCUAUAUGUAUAUAUCUGUGUAUAUAAAUAUACAUACACGUAUAUUGAUAUAAACGUUGUUGCAAUAGUAAUUAUUAUCAUUGUACCAAUGAUAAUAAUACUGCCUUAAGGAAAUGUAAUAUAUAAUUGCAUUAGUAAGAUGUAUGUUAAAUUAUACAACUUCCAAAUGCAAGAAUAUCUAGAGAUCUAUAAGUUCAAAGUUUUCCAAUAUUUACUUAUAUUUUAGAAGUGAUAUUUGAGUUAAUAGGAUUACAUCUCUGUAAUGAAAUGGUCUUUUUAUAAAGACCUAAUUAAAAAGUACAGCACAUUAUACAGUACUUAAAUCUAAUGCAAAUAUAAAUUUUUCAUUAUUGAAAAAUUUACUGCAAAUAAAAUCGGAUUAUUUGUAAAAUCAGAUCGAGAUAAAAAUAAUACAAUAAAUUUUAGUUCCUUAUAAUUUUAUAAAUUGCAAACACGAAACGACAAUAAUUAUUUUACAAAAUAAAGGAAUUUAAAAAACAAUUGAUUACAUAGAAAAUUAAUCUUAUCUUACAAUGAAUGAAAUUGUAUUUAAUUAAAUUAGUUAAGAAAAUAGCAAUGAUAAAAUAAAUAUCUUAUUUGAUUGUCCAAGGUGGAACUAAAAAUAUCAACACUCAGAUCAAAA